UGAGUCUUUAUGUCGUUUGUAUUCUUGGGGAGUCGCGUUGCACAUAAUUUCUGCACGAUAGCGGAUGUCACAAGAUGUGGAAGGCAAGUUAGAUCCCGAGAUCAAUGCCAACUGGAGCUUUCAUGGCGCUGUGGGCUGUUAUUGUCCUCUGCAUAAUCGCGGCGUCGACUGCGAGCGAGAACCAGACGUACGCAGGAACGCAAAGUGAAGCGUCCUUGGUACGGAGGGAAGCCAAGCGAGUCGUCAGGCACCCCAGCUGCCUAUGGACCUUGGCCAAGAUGACAACGGAGAGCCUAAAGUCCACAGCUGCAUCGAAAUGCACCAGUGUAAAAUUUGUCCCCCUGGAUGCACUUGCUACUUCGGGAAGCUAUACUGCGACGAUGAAUGAUGUAAUCCUGGAACGUCAGCUGGACGGCGAAUAAAAUCAGUGCUCCCAUCAGCUCCA